AAAAUUAAAAAAAAAGUGUUUUGUGGCCGUAAAUAUCAACAACUCUACAACAAUAACGCAACAUUGCAAGUGAGCAAUUUUAAAGUGACUUGUUAAACGCGGUUUUCUUAAAGAAAAACAACAAAAUCAUAAAAAUUACAACAACACAAGAUCACGUACUCAAUUCGCACGACCUCUGAACUGACCAGCGCACCAGUCGCCAGCGUGUAGUGCCACACAUUUACCUACAGCAACUAAAACAAUAAAACUUUAUAUGUUAUUGUUGUUGUUGCUGGUGUUGCACGUUAACGUACUUGUUUUAAAUUGUGCUUUUGUUUUGCUGUGCUUCAUUUCAUUGUGCUUCCUUUUACUUUGUUUUUGCUUUGCGCAUGCGUGCGCCAGCUUUUAUACGCCACAUCUUUGGAAUUUUUCACACACCGCAACAGCAUUUUGUUGUGCAAUUUUGUGAAUGGCCAACAGGCAUCGAUUACAAUCAAACGCGCAAAAUCUACAGCGACAGCAAUUAAUACAACAACAACAACGAAAGCAACAGCAAACACACAUACAAAAUGUGUUCAAAAAAUCAAAUGAGUGUACUCAUGGAGAAAUUGAAUACGACUCUUCAGUCGUGUCCCAUCAGCUGUGUCAACGAACCCGACACACUCAGCGCCAACAACGACAGCCUACAGACGACGCCGGAUAGCACACUGCAGAAGCCGUCCCAGCAGCAACGCAACAACGAGGCGCACAACAAUCAUAAUAACCAUAAUAAUAACAACAAUAAUAACAACAAUCACAUAAGCAACAGUCACUUAUCGAACAGCGCCACAAGUGACACAUCAUCAGCGUCCUUCCAGCAGCGUUUCGAUUUCAAUCGUUUGAAGGCGCGACUGCCUGAACUCAAUUGUCUACACAGUUUGCAACGUUAUUGGCAGCAGCAACAACAACAGCAAUCACAACAACCACAUAACGAGAACAUCGACAGUGACAUCUUAACCGGGUCACACAGAGAUGAGUCCGCUGGUGGCAACAGCUCAUAUUACACCACCAACAUAUUAGGCUGCACCAUCAGUUAUCCAUUCGGCAAGGAGCCAAAGUCGGACGGCGCCAAGGAGACACCAUUGCAAAAGUUCUAUCGCCAUCAGCAACAGAAGAAAAUGCCAGCAUUUCGUGGUAGACGCGGCUGGUGUGGGUGCUUUCAGGAUGACGAACCACCGGAGAUUUGUGUGGUUGAAGGCGCCUUCACGCUACAAACACUCACACCCACUCAACCAAUGCCACCCGUGGACGAGUUGGAUGCGAAAUUUGCCGAGCUCGUCGAAGAACUCGAUCUGACGGCGCCCAAUAAAGAGGCCAUGCUCAAUUUACCGCCACAAAAGAAAUGGCAAAUAUACUGUUCACGCAAACAACCGAUCGAUACCACUGAUGGUAACACCACAUCAAUCACACAACCACCCACAGCUGAGUACUACAUUGAAAACCUAAAGACCUUAGUGCGUUAUGUGAGUCUCAGCUUCGAAGAUUCCAACAGUCAUGAAUAUUAUAUACGUAUCGAGGGUCAUGGACCGUUUCUUGACGCGUUGAAAACGGCGUUACGCACGUCGGCACACAGCUUUGUCUUGCGUUUUGUCGAUCUGGACGGUUUGCCUUGUCUACUAAAUCUGCUGCAGAAGAUGGACAUAUGCGUCGUGAAUAGUUUACUGCAUACGAGAAUUAUUGGUUGCAUCAAAGCGUUAAUGAACAACUCGACCGGACGCGCGCAUGUACUGGCGCAUCCCACGUCGAUCGACACGAUCGCACGUUCACUGGUGGCGGACAAUGUCAAAACGAAAAUUGCGGCGUUGGAGAUUCUGGGCGCUGUCUGUUUGGUGCCAGGCGGACAUCGCAAAGUAUUGCAGGCUAUGUUGAACUUUCAGGAAUUUGCGGCGGAGAUUUCGAAUCCAGCUGAAAAUUACCUUAAUAGAGAACGCUCAGGCAUUGUGCAUGUCUAA